ACUUGCUGAAUAUCUUUCAAUCUGAUCAUCUUAUGCUAGGGACGUAGGCUCAUCAUCUUCAUCAUCUUCUCUCUCUCUCUCUCUUCCUCUCUCUCAAAUUUUCUCUCUCAGUUCAUCUUCUCUCAUCUUCUUAACCCUCUAACUGUUAUUUUAUAUCGUUUACUGAUUUCUCAUCAAAUAUCAACCUCAGAUCAAUUGUUAUCGUUAUGCUUUAAUUCAAUAUUAUCCUUGUGCCUGAAAAGUUUUUCAUCUCUUUCUUUUUUUUUUUAAUUGUUGGUAAAUUUGUUGACAAUUUAUAGUUGAAAUAAAAUUGACCUACAACAACAAACGAUAAUAGAUAAUAAUUGAUAAUCUACAGAUUAAGUUAAUCCAUUAAUCGUUAUGGAAAACCUAACGAGACUCUUACCCAGGAAUAUAAUAUGUGCCAAAAAUAUAUUUCUUUUCAUUUCUCUGGUCAUAUGUUUCACUUACGUUAGUUCAGCUCCAUUCCCGUUUGGAAGAGUCAGAUCUCCGAAAGAAAAAGGUUGUUACUUUAUGUUAAAACAUUAUCAAAAUGGUGAGCAAAUUCAGACAAAUGAACCAUGUCUUAACUGUACCUGUGUUAAUAGCAUGUUAAUGUGCUACCUGAGGGUUUGCCCGUUCAUUAGGCCCGUCGAUGAAAAUUGUCUGGUUGAAAAAGUACCUGGAGAGUGUUGCCCGAGGGUAACAUGUCCGGAGACCGAUAUUGACCCAGAAUCUGAUCCUGAGCCGACAUCAACUACUAAACUAUUAGACUUGACAACACCCUUACCUCGAACACCUAUUGAUAGGCUAUUGACUAAAUCGACGACGAUGUUAACGUCAACUACUACAACCAGAAUUCCCGAAACAACGACCUCUCAAUUACCACGAACAAGUUUAGAUAAAAUGUUAUCAAGAUCGGAAUCACCAGUCGAUGGACGUCAAGAUGAAAUUAAUCUUCCUCAUGAUGGUAAAUCAACUCCAAGUGGACUUUCAACUUCUACGACUUCGAGUGUAAGGUCAAGUUCACCAAAGGGUGAAAAGAAAGACCCAACACCGACACAAUACACGAUGAUGGAUAUAACCUCAACCUCUCACCCAACGAGUAUUUUACCGACAACUUCUCGUCGUCCAAUGAACGGCAAUGAACCUUCACAGCCACGAAAAGAGAUCGGACCAUUUUCACCCAUGGAAUCGUUUACCGAAGGCUACCUUCCAACUCGAGUCACUUGGAAAAAGACUGAGCCCAAUAAAAGACCCGCUCCAACUCCGGGUGUUAUUCCGGGUGAAGGUAUUUGUCGACACAAUGGAAGAAUCUACCAAAACGGCGAAGAGGUCACCAAUAGUGACCCUUGUGUCGAGUACUGUGUUUGCAUUAACAGUGUCAUCUAUUGCGAUGAGAUCCUUUGUGAACCUCAUCAAAAUAACGACCCAACCGUUAAAUGUGUACCAAUUAAACACGCAGAUCGAUGUUGUACCCGCUACCAUUGUUUCAAAAUUUCGUCUGAAGCUAUUAAUGGAACUGAUGGAAAGGCGACAACCAUUAGCGACGUUUCAACCACACGAACAACAAUUCUUAAGACCACCGCUGAAACUGUUCUGGUGCGAACGGAAGAUCAAGGAAUGAGCGUACCAAGUACCGUUAAAACAUCAACCACCCCAAUUGAAGUCAAUCUAACAACCGUAACUGGAGCUAAAUCAACAACCACGACCACAGAAUCAUCUCCGACGGAAACUAAAGCGACCUCAACAUCAGUAACUAAUGUUACAGAAUCAGAGCUUCCAACGACUAAAACAAUUCCGAUAAGCUCAACAUCUUCUAUUGGCACCGAAGAUAAUAGAACGACAAUUGAGCAAAGCUCAACUACACAAACCUCUCAAUCUCCAUCUUCAGUUGUUUCAUCGACAUCAAUGUCAAGAGAUGAAGGAAUUGAUGAAGAAACAACAAGCUCUCCAUCAUCCUCUUCGACAUCAUCUACAACCUCGAAGGAAGAUACUGUUGAAGUAACAUCCAAAUUACCUGGAAUGGUUGAAGUAACCACAUUGUCUUCAUCGACUUUACCUGUUGUAUCAACAUCUAAAUCCACAACGAUCAAGAGUGAAAUUGACGAUAAAUUACCAACUACUUUGAGUGACAUUACCGAGACAUCAUCAUCUUCGUCAUCAGAACCUACAACACAAGAAUCAAUGAGACCUGAAGAUAAACAAGUCUCAUCAUCAUCGACAGUUCCAGUUGACACAUCAUCAGAAUCAGAAAUCAAAUUCUCAUCGACAACAACUCGAGGUGAUAUCGAAAGAAGUGAAACUACAACUCAAAGUUAUGUCUCUUCGUCAUCUGAAUCAACAAUUGAUGAUCAAAAAUCUUCCACUAAAUUAGAUGAACCAGUAAUUACAACUCAAUCGACAUCUACAAUUAGCUCAUCUUCAUCUUCAUCUUCAUCUUCAUCAUCGACAUUGACUGACGAAGAUGAACAAAAAUCGAGACUCGACAACAGAAUCUGUACAAUGCGAACUGAAGAUGAACAACAAGAUGCUACUUCGCCAACAUCAAUCGAGACAACAACAGAAUCCAGAGUUAAAUCAUCAACAACUAUUCAAACUUCGUCAGAAGCAGAUGAGGUAACAACUAGUCCUUCAUCAUCGACUCGAUCAUCACCUACAGCAGCAGAUCAAGAUAAUGAAGCGAUAACAACACAAUCUACAAUGAAAGUAUCAACAUCAACACAACCACCAACUCAGAGUGUAGAUGAAGAUAAAUUACCAACUACCUUAAGAGAUAUUCCUGAACCAGGAAUCCAAACAACGACUACAAUUCCUCGAGAUACCGAAAUCAGUGAUGUUACAACCCAAACCUCUUCCACUUCAUCAUCUACACUUUCACCAAUCGAAGAUGUGAAAGCUAAAUCAACGACAAAAUCAACUCCUGAAGUAACUGAUCUCGACUCUACAACAAUCACUCAAAAAUCAUCAUCAUCAUCAGUAACAUCGACUUCCACAUCAGCACCAAUGACAACAACCACAACUACUAAAUCCUCAUCAGUUUCUAUUGACGAUGAUGUAGAAACAACAACGCCAAGAGAUGCUUUCGAUUCCAUUGUAACAACACAAUUACCUUCAUCGAAAGAAUCAUCAACAAAAGAUUCAGUGGUGGACCAAGAUGAAGUAGUACCAACAACGACAUCGAAACCUUAUCCUGUCUCAUCAUCGACAUCUAAGAGUCAAGAUGUGGACGAAGAUGGUGAAGUCAAGGUAACAACUCACUUACCUGUAACUGUAAAAGAGUUUGAACUUUCAUCUACUCCGAAAUCAACAUCGACUUUGGCAUCAUCACCAGGACCAUCAAUCGACGAUGAAAAUAUUUAUACGACAACUUCAGUUCCUUAUUCAACUGGAUCAUCAACAGUCUCAAUUGAAGAUGAAACUGUUCAAACCACAACUUCAUCUUCCAGUGAUGAAUCAAAAGAUGUUGGAAUUGAUGAAGUCACAACUUCCUCGCCAUCUUCACUCUCGUCAACAUCCACUCCAAUUGAAGAAAUUAAGACAACUUCAACUUCAACUCAACCACCAACCACAAUCAAGAGCAAAAUAACAGAUGAUGACGAAUCACUAACUACUCUUUCUGAAAUAACUCAAACUCCAUCUUCCCGAUUACCGACAUCAUCUAUUCCUGAAGAUGAAAAGACGACAACCUCGCCUUCUCGACCUGUUGUAUCAACAUCUAAAUCCACAACAAUCAAGAGUGAAAUUGAUGAUAAACUACCAACUACUUUGAGUGACAUUACUGAGACAUCGUCAUCAGAACCUACAACAAUUAAGGAACAGGAAACAAGCCGACCUGAAGAUAAACAAAUAUCAUCAUCGACAACAGCUCGAAGUGAUAUCGAAAUCAGUGAAACUACAACUCAAAGUUAUGUCUCCUCGUCAUCUGCAUCAACAAUUGAUGAUCAAAAAUCGUCAACUAAAUUUGAUGAAACUGAGGUUCCAUUAACGACUCAAUCACCACAUACUAAGGAAUCUUCAUCAGCUCCAUCAUCAACAUCAGAAUCAAGAGAUGAAAUAAUCGAUGAAAUAACAACUUAUGCUCCUUCAUCAUCGUCAACCCGAUUACCCUCGUCUACAUCAUCAAUCGUAGACAAAGUUAAAGAGACGACAUUGUCAUCUCAAACUAGAGAUCCUGAUUCUGUAACUACUCAGUCAACAAUCACACAAAAAUCAUCAACGUCAGAAUAUACAGAAGAUGAAGUACCAACGACUUUCUCAACAUUAUCUCAUAUUUUAUCUUCAACGCAAUCGACAACAGUUAAGAGUAAAGUCACUGAAAUUACAACACCUUCCCUCAAAGAGACACUGAAGAGCGAUUUGAAGAAACAACAAAAGCCACUAAGCUUGAAACACCAGAAAUCGUUACGCUUAGAACUGUUGAACAGAAAGAGGAAACUUCAUCCACAAUUGACAUCUAAAGCACCAACAUCAUCAGUAUCUGACUUUGAACAUUCAGAUACAACGACAAUGAUGAUCGACGAUGAACAAGACAAAACAACCACCACAUCACCUUCAUAUGUGACACAAUCACAAUCGACAUCUACACAAAAAUCAACAACACAAUCACAAUCGACAGUCACUUCAUCCUCAGUACCAUCAACAACGGUAUCAGAAAUGGACGAAUCGGUCGAUGUAACAACUACUCAAUCUCCAUCCAUACCUGUUGUAUCCUCUACACAACCACCAUCAUCAUCGCAAUCACCAACUCAAUCAACAACUACCACUACCACUAUGACAACGACAACAAUCAAGAGUCAAUCAGAUGAUAAAUUACCAACGACAAUUAGUGAUAUCGAUGAACCUUUGGAUGUCAUUACAUCAAGUUCAGUACAAGAUAUUACAACUAAAUCAGUUUCUCUUGAGCCUGAAGGUAAACAUGAUGAUUUAACGACUAAAUCAUCAACAUCAAUCGUAUCAAUUGAAACAACAACAUUGUCCUCUCAUUUGUCAUCAACAACAAUUAAAUCUGAAUCACAUCCUGGCUCAUCAUCUACUCAAAGAAUCGAUGAUGUUGAAGAUGAACUGAAAACGACAACUCAAUCUUCAUUGAAAUCAUCAACACCACCAGCUCCGUCAUCGACAUCAUCUACUUCAUCAGAGUCAGUAACAGAAACAAAUGAUGAUAUAAAUACAACUAAAUUGUCACGCACAGAAACCGAAUCACAAUCAACAUCAUCAUCAUCAUCAUCAACAACAACAACAACUACAACAUCAUCAUCGAAAUCAGAGGAUGAAUUAAGUGAAUCGGUAACUACUUCAUCACCUUCGGUUCUCUCUUCGUCUACAGUCACAAUCGAAGAUGAGAAGACCACAACUUUAGCUCCAUCCUCAUCCUCAUCCACAGCUUCAAUCAACCUUUCAGAUGAUGACGAUCUACAGACCUCUAUAAGUGAUAUUGAGGACGAUGAAAAGUCAACAACUUCCUCUCCAUCUUCGACUCAAUCGACGAAAAUCAAAUCUGAGGAAAACGACCAGGAACUCGUAUUGAAGGAUCGUCACAAAUCACAACACAGAAACAAGAAGAUGUUACUACAGCUUCUUCAAAAUGAACAAGACCAAACUACGACACGAAAACCUACUGAUAUCAGCUCCAUAACACCUAAAUUCAUCUCAUCGACAGCUUCUCCAAUUACUACUCUGGAUGAUACAGAAAUCAUUGAUGCUACGACACAAACUAAGACUGACGACGAAGCGAUAACAACACAAGCUACAAUGAAAGUAUCAACAUCAACACAACCACCAACUCACAGUGUAGAUGAAGAUAAAUUACCAACUACCUUAAGAGAUAUUCCUGAACCAGGAAUCCAAACAACGACUACAAUUCCUCGAGACACCGAAAUCAGUGAUGUUACAACCCAAACCUCUUCCACUUCAUCGACACUUUCACCAAUCGAAGAUGUGAAAGCUAAAUCAACGACAAAAUCAACUCCUGAAGUAACUGAUCUCGAUUCUACAACAAUCACUCAACAAUCACCAGCAACAUCAACAUCGACACCAACAACUACAACUACUAAAUCCUCAUCAGUUUCUAUUGACGAUGAUGUAGAAACAACAACACCAGGAGAUGCUUUCGAUUCCAUUGUAACAACACAAUUACCUUCAUCGAAAGAAUCACCAACAAAAGAUUCAGUGGUGGACGAAGAUGAAGUAGUACCAACAACGACAUCGAAACCUUAUCCUGUCUCAUCAUCGACAUCUAAGAGUCAAGUUGUGGACGAAGAUGAUGAAGUUAAGGUAACAACUCACUUACCUGUAACUGUAAAAGAGUUUGAACUUUCAUCUACUCCGAAAUCAACAUCUACUUUGGCAUCAUCACCAGGACCAUCAAUCGACGAUGAAAAUAUUUAUACGACAACUUCAGUUCCUCACUCACCUGUUGAUCUAUCAAGAGGAGAAGUCGUAACAACUCAAUCACCAAUAAUUCAUGAAGUCGAGGAAAUGACAACAACGUCAGUUUCCGAUUUGAAAACGAUCUCAAGUACUAAACCAACCACUUUAAGACCUUCGUCACCAAUUGAUGAAGAAAUUGAAGUAACCACAUUGUCUUCAUCGACCAUACCUGUUGUAUCAACAUCUAAAUCCACAACGAUCAAGAGUGAAAUUGACGACAAAUUACCAACUACUUUGAGUGACAUUACCGAGACAUCGUCAUCUUCGUCAUCAGAACCUACAACACAAGAAUCAAUGAGACCUGAAGAUAAACAAGUCUCAUCAUCAUCGACAGUUCCAGUUGACACAUCAUCAGAAUCAGAAAUCAAAUUCUCAUCGACAACAACUCGAGGUGAUAUCGAAAUAAGUGAAACUACAACUCAAAGUUAUGUCUCUUCGUCAUCUGAAUCAACAAUUGAUGAUCAAAAAUCUUCCACUAAAUUAGAUGAACCAGUAAUUACAACUCAAUCGACAUCUACAAUUAGCUCAUCUUCAUCUUCAUCUUCAUCAUCGACAUUGACUGACGAAGAUGAACAAAAAACAACAACUUCAUCUCCAAUGUCAAUCGAUGACAUUCCUACUACCACGAGAAAAGUGUCCAGUGAUAUAACUGAAUCAGAAUAUUUAACGACUCAAUCAACUUCUAGGUCUGAAGUACCUGUUGUAUCAACAUCUACAACCACACCACAAUCAGUAUCAUCAUCAACAUCUAAAUUACAAGAUGAAGUAUCAGAUGAAGUCACAACUUACUCUCCAUCUUCCUCCUCAUCAUCGACCGUCCAACCAUCGUCAUCAGAAACAAGUGAAGAUGUAAAAACAACAACUCAAUCGCCUUCUACAUCUCAAUCAGUAUCAAUCCAAGAUGAAGAUGUUAAGACAACAACAGUUACUCAAUCAGCUAUUGUUUCAUCAUCUUCAACUUCACCCAAAGAAGAAGAUGAAAUAAGUGAAACAACAACAAUUUCUUCAUCAACUCGUCCUGACGUACCCUCAACUCAAUCGCCAUCAUCAUCAACAACAACAACGAAGAGUGAUAAAGAUGAUAAAUCAAUCGAGGUUACAACAACUAAGACUCGAGACUCGACAACAGAAUCUGUAACAAUGCGAACUGAAGAUGAACAACAAGACGCUACUUCACCAACAUCAAUUGAGACAACAACAGAAUCCAGAGUUAAAUCCUCACCUUCAACAACAACUCGAAGCGAUGAUGAAAUCAGCGAAAUUACUACUGAUGGUGAUUUGAAAACGACGCGAUCUCAACCAACAAUUAAACCUUUAUCUUCAACGACAUCAGCUGACGAAGAAGGUGAAAACCAACAAUUUCGACUUCAAUUGAUGACAUUACGACAACUUCUCAAUCAUUACCUGAUUCAUCAACAUCAAGCAAGAUCACCAGAAACAACAACAGAAUACACCUCAUCAAGAACUGAUGAUCAACAAGAUAUAACGUCACCCGAAUCAUCAACAAGAAAAUCUUCAUCGCCAGUCAAAGAUGAUGAUAUCGAUCAACAAACAACAACUUCUUUGCCGAUAGUAACUUCAACUCGAACCUCAACAUCAGAAUCAGAAAGCAGAACAACAAAAUUAUCUUCAUCGGUUUCAGUUUCUGAUGACGAUCAGGUAACAACUGAAUCUUACAAGACAACACAAUCAGAGUCUAUGCAACCAUCAACAGCACAUGAUGGAGAUGAAGUUUCUGAAGUCACAACGACUUCAACAAGAGCCGAAUCAACAACAGGUAAAUCAACAAUCUCUAGAACAGAUAACAUUCCGACAACAAUUGCUGGUCAACAAGAUUCAACGUCACCUGAUUCGAUCGUAACUACACAGCGAUCAUCCAAAGAUUCCGAAUCAUUGACAACAAUUUCAGAAUCCAUAGAUGACGAAGAAAGGAAAAUCAUAGCAACAAGCACAACAUCGGUAACAAGAUCACAAUCAUCUACGACGGAAUUACCGAUGAGUUCAACACCAGCAUCAGAUGAAGUAAGUGACCUUACUACGAUCGUAUCGACUUCUUCGACUCCUGUAGCUGUAUCUUCAACUCAAGUGACAACGAUUAAAGCCGAUGAUACAAGCCAUUCAACAUCACCAUCGCCAACAGAAAUGACAUCUAAAGCACCAACAUCAUCAGUAUCUGACUUUGAACAUUCAGAUACAACGACAAUGAUGACCGACAAUGAACAAGAGAAAACAUCCACAUCACCUUCAUCUGUGACACAAUCACAAUCGACAUCGACAUCUACACAAAAAUCAACAACACAAUCUCAAUCGACAGUAACCUCAUCCUCAGUACCAUCAACAACGGUAUCAGAAAUGGACGAAUUUAUCGAUGAUGUUGGAGAUGAACUGAAAACUACAACUCAAUCUUCAUUGGAAUCAUCAUCAACACCAUCAACCCCGUCAUCGACAUCAUCUACUUCAGAUAACCACAUUGUCUUCAUCGACUUACCUGUUGUAUCAACAUCUAAAUCCACAACGAUCAAGAGUGAAAUUGACGAUAAAUUACCAACUACUUUGAGUGACAUUACCGAGACAUCAUCAUCUUCAUCAUCAGAACCUACAACACAAGAAUCAAUGAGACCUGAAGAUAAACAAGUCUCAUCAUCAUCGACAGUUCCAGUUGACACAUCAUCAGAAUCAGAAAUCAAAUUCUCAUCGACAACAACUCGAGGUGAUAUCGAAAUAAGUGAAACUACAACUCAAAGUUAUGUCUCUUCGUCACCUGCAUCAACAAUUAAGGCACAAGAAACAAUGAAGCCAGAAGACAAACAAGUCUCAUCAUCGUCGACAGUUUCAAUCGAUACAACUUACUCAACAAUUACACCAGAAACUUCAACUAAUCUGUCAACAACAACACCACAAUCUUCAUCAACAUCCUUUGAAUUAUCUCAAAAUGUCACAGAACCAAAUGAUGUGACAACCGAAACAUAUUCAGGUCAUUCUUCAACACCGACAGUCGUAACUCCAGAAGCACCAGUUGAAUCACGAACGGAAGAUAAAGAGACUCGAGUUACAAUGACCGUGGUAUCGACAAACGUCACCCAAAAACCCGUUACAUCAGUUGAAAGUCUUUAUCGACCCAAUGAUACCCAAACCUCUGACCGAUACCUGACCACAUAUACAAUCGGUGGAAUCGAUGAUGGUGAUCACACUUUCAAUUCAUCAAUCACACGAAUUCCUAUCGGCAGUUCAGUUACUCCAGAUUUACAAACAACCAGCGCUUUUGUGACUAGCACAUUGUCACCGAUUCAGACAACAACCAAACAAGAUUAUGUCGCAUCUUUUGUUAAUAAAUCAAUCACUGAUCUUCCAGCUACCUCACGAUCAAUUGAUUCAGUUGAAAAAUCAACGACACAAAGUUUGAGGCCAAUUUCACGGGAAGAAACAGAAAUGUCCACUCCAAUCAGUCCAAGUAAUAUAACCACAAGUCUAAUUGAAAAACUAUCGACAAUUUCAAUGACCACGAAAAUAACAACACCACAACCGCCACCAACCACAACCACAACCACAACCACAACCACAACCCCAACCACCACCACGGCUGCCACAUUCACUGAGCUUCCAACAACGACAAUCCAACACGAUAAUAUGACCAGUCAAUCGGAUGGAGUUGAAGAUUCAUCUUGUGUUUUCAAUGGUAAAAUUUACCAAUCAGCUGAACAGAUCCCAAGACCUCAUCCAUGUGAUUUCUGUUUCUGUUUCCGAGGCGACAUCAUUUGCCUCCAGCAAACUUGCCCACCGCCGAUACCAAAUUGUUAUGAAACAACAAUUGAAGGUUUUUGUUGCCCUCGAUAUGAAUGUCCUGUUCACAUAUCAACUGUCAAUGUAACAUCAACAACACCAUUGCCUUUCUUAAGGACAACUACUCAAGUUAAAGGUUGUGAAGUAAAUGGUUCGAUGUAUCCGCUUGGACAGGUCAUAAAACCGGCCAGUGGCCCAUGUAUGGAGUGUAAGUGUGAAAGCGAUGGUGUCAUGAGAUGUAAUCCACAAAACUGUUCACCGCAAUCGCCGCUUUUACUACGAAUGAGUCGAAACUUUUUCGCAACAAGUAAACGUUAAACUGGUUGGUAAAGGAGAAGAAAAUUUCAAAUGAUUAAUAAUCAAUAACAUUGAAAAGAAUUAAUCAAAUAUAAUUGUCAACAAUUCGCAGAAUCAUUUGGAUAAAAAUCAAUCAAAAGGAUAAUCAAGUCAACACAAUUUAUUUGAUCAAUUUGCAAUUUUGCCACUUCGAAAGCUCAACUCAAAUCAUGUUCAUCACUUUUAAUCAUCUUCCUCUGUGACCAUUUUACCAUCAUUAAUAUUAUUGAUUCUCGUCUAAUCUAAUCAUCUCUCAUCCUCAUCUUCACCAUUUUCAUCGUCAUCAUGCUCAUCAUCAUAUCGCCAAAUUCACCUCAUCAUCUUCAAGCAAUUGAGUCUAUUGUGUGUUUAUUGAAUAGAAUAUGGAAAAAAAAUUAACUCAAUUGUAUUAACUUAAAUUGUCAAAUAUUAUAUCAGAUCAGUGGUCAAGCUUUCUGGGAAUCUCCGUGCCCCGUUUUCCGAGACUUUUGUGCCAAAACUAUUGAUCAACGGGACAAUUGACCUAAUUGUUAUCUGAUACCAAUUCCUAAUUCAUUUUAUCAAUGACAACAAUUGGUUUAUAUAUAUCACUGAAUUUAUCAUGUAAAAAAAACUCCGACAUACUCACAGGGUCUAUUUCAAGGGGAUCUUAUAAUAGACGCUAAUUAAUUCAUCUCAUUUGUAUUUUGUAAGAAAAAAACAAUUAACCGAAAAGUGAUCUUCUUUUCGAACCCUUUGUACUAUUGAAUAAUUGAACGAUAAUUUCUCAGUCUUAAUCAUUUCUCAUGAGUAUAUUUUCCCAUUUUUUUCCUUAUCCCUUUUAUUUAUCAUAUUGAACAAAAUAAAGAAAACAAAUUUCGAAAA